AUGACGGCUAACGGAGUGCCUCUGCCGUGGGACAGCAACCGGAGGCCGGGGCGCGUGAAUCCGACCCGGCUGGUCCUCGCCGUGCGCUGGGAGAGGUUUGAGGAGGUUGUGCAGAAAGGCGGGCAAAUCAAGAUGGAAUUGCUGGAGAAAGAAGGGCACGCCUACCACAAGCCAAGCGAGACAAUUCCAUCAUGCAAAGAUGGGAACACUACCGACUGCGUGAAGAGUGGCUUUGCAGUGGCCUUCUUCGAGGUCCCAGAGAAGAGCAUCCUGACGGUCGAGUUGGAGGUGAAGGUCCCAGGAGAAGCAGAUAUAACGCGUUCUUGGCUCGUCGAAACCGCCGAUGCCGGCUCGGGAGACGCGCAGGCAAGGAUUGCUUUCCUUUACCAAAACCAUUCGGAGUACCAGAAGAAGUGGCGGACAGGCAGUUCCGACAACACCAACUUUGCUGACGCCAAUCAAAGUGAGAAGUUCGUGAACAAGGAGCUAACCAUCCAUGAUCUUGACUCCUCGAACUUCAAGCCAAACCUGGAGACCAAUGGCAACUUGGCCCAGAGUUUCAGGUUUCGGGGUCCAGGUGUUCACUGUUGA